AGGCAACAAAUCUCUACAGAUAUUCCCCCGGAAAGCAAAACCCAUCUGGGUUCUCUUUCCGAUUACUCCAAAUUCCAUCAAGGGCGAUCAGUCGAAUAAUUGAAUUAUUCAUUUUGGGAGAAGGGAAGCUACAAUUUUGGGUGGGGGAAUAAUCGAUGGAUGAUCAGGUGGUGCAGCGAGUAUUUCAAGAAGGUGGGCGUGAUUUCUACCAACAGCAGCCUUCGACUUCUUCCUCUUCUUCAUCCAUUCUCCAGGCUCUACCCCUACAUGUGUCUUUUGAUCAUGGAUACUACUUGCUGGUGAAAUCUAUUCAAGAACUUAGGUCAAAAAAGGAUGGUGUGGUCACUGUUGGAAUUGGAGGUCCAAGUGGAUCAGGAAAAUCGAGCUUAGCUGAAAAGGUAGCCUCUGUAAUUGGUUGCACUGUUAUCUCAAUGGAGAACUAUCGUACUGGAGUUGAUGAUGGACAUGAUUUGGAUUCAAUAGAUUUCGAUCUUCUUGUGCAGAAUCUCGAGGACUUGACAAAUGGCCGUGAUACAUUAUCCCCAGUGUUUGAUUUUCAAGGAAGAAGACGUAUUGGUUCAAAUGCUAUAAAAAGCAUUUCAUCUGGGGUGGUUAUAGUUGAUGGUACUUAUGCCCUGCACGCAAAACUACGCUCUUUGUUAGACAUACGAGUUGCUGUGGUUGGUGGUGUUCAUUUUAGUUUACUUUCCAAAGUGCAAUACGAUAUUGGAGAGUCGUGUUCAUUGGACUACCUGAUAGACAGCAUUUUCCCACUUUUCAGAAAACAUAUCGAGCCUGAUCUUCACCAUGCUCAGAUCAGAAUUAACAACAGCUUUGUUUCAUCAUUUAGAGAGCCAAUUUACAAGCUCAAAUGCAAAAGUGAGUCUCAAAGUGGGCUUGCUGCCUACAUUUUUCAUGGAAAGGAAACACAGGUUGACAAUUUUAUUGAGAUGUACUUGAGACCACCUUCUGCAAGUGAAGAAGCUCGAAUAAAUGAUUGGAUCAAGGUGCGCCAAUCUGGUAUCAAAUACUAUCUCUCCUUGGGUGAUCAGAGGAUUGUUGAUAAAAAUUAUAUCAUCCGGCCAAGAGCUGAAUUUGAGGUUGGCCGGAUGACUCUGGGUGGUUUACUGGCCUUGGGAUAUACAGUGGUGGUCAGUUAUAAAAGGGCGUCAACCUCAGUUAUUGAUGGCAAUCUCUCAGUGUCCUUGGAAACAAUUGAUACUCUUGGAGAGACCUACAUGGUGCUCAGGGGCACAAAUAGAAAAGUAGUUGGUAUGGAAUCAUCAAGGCUGGGUAUCACUGGACCGUGGAUCACUAAAUCAUAUCUCGAGAUGAUCCUUGAGAGACAAGGUGUUCCAAGGCUCAACACACCUCCACUUUUGUCUAAUGCAUCCCCGGCUACUACUCAAGAAAAGUUGAUUGCAGCUCCAAAGCCACUUCGUAUAACUCCCAACCUGGUGAACCGGAUUGAUGAUUUGUCUCAGCCAUGGACUCGGUCACCGACCAAGUCUAAAAUGGAACCUGUCCUAGCAACAUGGCAUUUUAUCUCACCAGAUCCACUCCUAUCGGGGGGAUCUGCUGCUGGUUCUCCAUCUUCCAGGGACUCACUGCAGCUUGCUCCAAUGCCUGAAUCAUAUGACUUAGAUAGAGGACUGCUUCUUGCUGUACAAGCAAUACAAGCUCUGCUGGAAAAUAAGGGACUUCCGGUCAUAGUUGGAAUUGGAGGUCCAAGUGGAUCGGGAAAAACGAGUUUGGCUCGUAAGAUGGCAAAUAUUGUUGGUUGUGAAGUCAUUUCCCUUGAAAGCUACUACAAAUCUGAACAAAUGAAGGAUUUUAAGUACGAUGACUUCAGCUCUCUUGAUCUGGCUUUACUGUCAAAAAACAUUAAUGAUAUAAAAAAUUGCCGGAGAACGAAGGUACCUGUGUUUGACCUGGAGACUGGUGCUCGUAGUGGUUUCAAAGAGCUUGAAGUAUCUGAAGAUUGUGGUGUGGUAAUUUUUGAAGGUGUUUAUGCUUUGCAUCCUGACAUCAGAAAACCUCUGGACUUAUGGAUUGCUGUUGUUGGAGGAGUCCAUUCACAUCUUAUUUCUCGGGUUCAAAGAGACAAAAGUAAAGUUGGAUGCUUCAUGUCCCAAAAUGAAAUUAUGAUGACUGUGUUUCCAAUGUUCCAGCAACACAUUGAACCACAUCUUGUUGAAGCUCAUCUGAAGAUCAGAAAUGACUUUGACCCGGUGCUUUCACCUGAGAGCUCGUUGUUUGUGUUGAAAAGUAACAAGCAAGUUGCUUACCAAGACAUCCUGAAAGUUCUUGAUCCAACUAAGAUAUGCAGUUCAGUUCAGAAUUUCAUUGACAUAUAUCUAAGAUUGCCUGGAACCCCUGGUAACGGACAGCUAACAGAGAGUGAUUGUAUAAGAGUCAGAAUAUGUGAGGGUAGAUUUGCUUUGCUGAUCCGAGAGCCUAUUAGAGAAGGAAACUUUAUUAUUCAGCCAAAAGUGGAUUUUGAUAUCAGCAUCAGUACAGUAGCAGGCCUGCUUAAUCUUGGGUAUCAAGCUGUUGCAUAUAUUGAAGCAUGUGCAUAUAUUUACCAGGAUGGAAAGAUUCUUAUCGAGAUCGAUCAUUUACAAGAUGUCCCAAGUCCUUACCUUCAAAUUAAGGGGGUUAAUAAAGAAACAGUAGUAGCUGCUGGCUCGACUCUCAAGCUGGAUGGUUCAUAUACCACAAAGAGUUAUCUUGAGAUAAUUAUAGAAAGGUUACCUGCGGUAGAAAGGAGUUCAAGCGGGAUCCAUUCUCAGCAAGCUGCAAGAUUGCAAGAACUUGUUGAAUAUAUACAAUCUCAGGGUAGCAGUUCAGCUUCAGAGUCAUCACCAAGUCGAGAAGCUUCUCCAUUGGAAGGUGUAAUUGAAGAUAUGCAAUCAAGGAUUAAACGUCUUGAAAGAUGGCACGCAAUUAAUACUGUGCUUUGGACAUUUUUAAUGUCUGCAUUUGUUGGGUACUCACUCUACCAGAGGAAGCGCCAGUAAGUUGUGUGCAUUGAAGUUUAUAGAUUCGAAGUCUGGAAUCCACAUACGGAAAAGACAUCGAAGGCUAUAGGACAAUAGUCAAAACACAUGUUCUGUUCACUCACAGCGACCAUUCAACUACGAGUUCUCAAUUCUCUCUGACAACCAAAAAGUUUACCAUAUAUACUUCUAACCCUCAAAGCUUCUUUCAAGAAGGAAUUGAAUCUGGCAUAGACGAGCUUUGUUGCCUGCAUUGUUUUAUAAUAGUGCUCAUGUAGAUUAGAGUUUAUACAGACUGAUAUCACCUUUUCUGGCCAUGUAUUAUUUACUGUCACAUUUUGGCCAUAUUGAUUUAACUGGAGAUCCACGUUAAACAAUGCCUUCAA